AUGCCAGAGGAACAAGAAGUACUCUUUUCUCUUCUGACACAUUUUCGUGUGAAAGAUGUCGGUGAUCUAAUAAUUCAGCGUGAUCGUCGAUGGGUGCCAAUUACGCUCCAACUCAUCAAUGCUAAGACGACAAACUACGCUUAUAAUCAGAUGCAUUUUCUCAAACUCAUCAAAGAGGAAAAAGAUCCACAACAUUAUGCCGAUAUUUUAAAUGUUUUAGAGAAGAUCGUUAAAGAUGAAGUGAGAUUCAAUAAUAUGAAUUGGAAAAAAUGGUGGUCGAUUUUCCCAAAGCAAUGGGGAACAGACGCAGCACGUGAUCAGCCGCUACUUCUAACAUUAUAUCAAUGUUUUAGGGAGCAUAAAUAUUAUUCGAGAAAAGCAGUUGAAAUGCACAAAGACAUUCUACGUUCUGUUCCUAGUGUCGAAUCAAAUCGGUCAUCAUUUUCUUAUUUAUUAAAACAAUUUAAGUGUUGGCAGCAGAUACCUACCAAAUCGAUUGCCGUAUACGAACAAUAUUUAAAACAAUUUUGUACUACGAAUAGAAAGGAAUCCGUUUAUUGUCUCUAUGUUGCUGGAGAAACUUAUGAGAGGAUUUGUGAUAAAGAGCGCGCAUUAGAAUGUUAUGAAACAGUUCUUGCACUGGAUGAGUUUAACAAGUUCCAAAAGAAUGUUGAAAUACAAAAGCGGAAAAAAAAAUUGAAAAAGCCUUCUAAAACAGACCCAAUGGUGAACGAUGAACAUACAGUAGUGACAGAAGAUACUGACGAAGAAGUUGCAAGAACUUACCGGAAUGCUGCUGACAAGCCUUCUAUAGAAAGUCGUCUAAAACGACUCUUGCGACAUCUUAUAUAUCGUGAGAAGUGGUAUGAUGUGGCUGACUCAAAGAUUAUUCUUCAUUUACCAUGCGAAAAUACUCCGGAUCUGUCGGUUAAUGAUUAUCGCUCCUAUUUUUUAUCUGCUGAAGAAAGACAUAUAUCAUCGAGUAUUACAGCAACGGACGCAACCAACAAUCUUUCUCUUUCUCUUUGGCGUUAUGAAAAAUAUAUGCAUGAAUGGACUUUGUUCAGAGCAUUAGAGAAAUUUUUACAACCAUUUAGAAAGAAAUCGGAAUGUAUUAGCAAUCACAUUUCUUCCUCGACUUGA